GCGGGAGCAUCCUGACUCCAGCGCCCACCUGGUGCCCUACCCGGCCCGGUACCCGGACCCUCUCCAGCGGCGGUGCCGAAAGCAGGGAUCUCCGUAAUAGCGGCUCCCCGGCGCGGCGCCGCCACCCUCGGAGCCCGCCUGCACACUUGCAAACUCUCCGCCUCCUCCACCUGCCUCCUGCGCCAGCGCGGGCGCCGAGCGAGCCAUGGCCAACGCGGGGCUGCAGCUGCUGGGCUUCAUCCUGGCCUUCCUGGGCUGGAUUGGCGCAAUCGUCAGCACCGCGCUGCCCCAGUGGAAGAUUUACUCCUACGCCGGCGACAACAUCGUCACCGCUCAAGCCAUCUACGAGGGGCUGUGGAUGUCCUGCGUGUCUCAGAGCACCGGGCAGAUCCAGUGCAAAGUCUUUGACUCCUUGCUCAACCUGCCCAGCACUUUACAAGCAACCCGGGCCUUGAUGGUGAUUGGCAUCCUGCUGGGACUGAUAGCAAUCUUUGUGGCCACCAUGGGCAUGAAGUGUAUGAAGUGUUUGGAAGACGAUGAGAUGCAGAAGAUGAGGAUGGCUGUUAUUGGGGGUGUGAUAUUUCUUAUUGCAGGGCUGGCAAUUUUAGUUGCCACAGCAUGGUAUGGCAAUAGAAUUGUUCAAGAAUUCUAUGACCCAAUGACCCCAGUCAAUGCCAGGUAUGAAUUUGGUCAGGCUCUCUUCACUGGCUGGGCUGCGGCUUCUCUCUGCCUUCUGGGAGGUGCCCUACUCUGCUGUUCCUGUCCUCGAAAAACAGCCUCUUACCCAACACCGCGUCCUUAUCCAAAACCUACACCCUCCAGUGGGAAAGACUAUGUGUGAAACAAGGAAAAGGAGACAGCCCUGUUGGAACCAACAGAAAAUGGACACUGAAGUAUGACCAUCAGCCUUAAGACUUGACUAUUGUAGUCUGAACUCUGGUAUUACAAAAACAAACAAAAAAAUAAAAAUAAUCCAAAAAAGGUAUUUUUUAAAAAACCCAUUGCUAAAGAUGGUUUAGUUUUAUCUUCUUGCCUCAGUAUAGGAAGGAAGCCCUUUCCAUUUUUAUGACUUCCUCCCACUGAGUAAUCAUACCCAAAUGGGGGCAGGAGAUGCUCCUAAAUAUAUAUAUAUAUAGAUAUGUAUAUAUACAUGUUUUUCUAGAAAGAAAUUAGAUGCUAAAAAACUCUUCCUUUCAUUAUGUUUGUACCAGCAUACUUAAAACAUCGCUAAAAAAGAAAAAAAUAUAUAUGUAUAUUUAAUUCCAUACUGAUUAAAUAAGCAGUUGAUUUUUGUAUUUGUCUUCUUUUCAUAUGUCUACAUCUAUUACAUCUGUAAUCUAAUGGGCCAAAUAUCAUUUACCAUCACUCAUCAGCUUUUCACGUCUUAAGCACAAGACCUCAUCUACUCUACCAAGUAUGAAUUCCUUACAUUUUUCAUGUGUGCCCUUUUCAUCUGCUUUUUUUGGCCAUGAACUUGUUGCAUUGGCUUGUUCAUUAGUUGGUCAUUCUCCAGGCCCUUAUUUGCUUUUUAUUAGGCUUAGAAGCCCCAAAUCUGAGAACGCAUUUCAUAAAGCCUUUGAUUUGAAGUCCUAAAGUCAAAAAGAAUCUCUUAGAAAUCAGAGCUUGGGGGAGCACACCUUUCACAUCUUUCUGCAUAACCAGAGCAAUAUUAUUUCUGUUGACCUUCCCACCUGAUCCCUGUACUCUGACCUUUAACACUCUUGUUUGCUUUGAAAAUAUUUGCUCCAUUGAGUAGCCUUGCUCUGCUUUCUUCCUCAGGUGUUGUAACACACAAUUUUACUGGUUAAAUUUUUAAGUUACUUAUUCGCAGUUGUAUAUGCCGGUAAACGACCUUGUUCUUCCUCUCUCCUCAACUGUAUUGGCUUUCCCAUGUGUAAUUAUUAUAUAGUUUACCUCUGUUCCCAGAGAGGUGUGGCCUGUUUGUCUGAGCAAAGUGGUAGACUUUCUGGAGAGAUAACCUGGUGACAAAUAUUCUCUCUGUAGCUGUAAACAAGUCAUGUAAUCUUCUACCUCUUUUCCCAUCUGUCAAAUGGAGAUAAUAAUACUUAACUAGCUGGUAGAGGUGAUGUGAGUAUUAAUUAUUUGAUAUUACUGUCUUCUUUGAACGUGAAAUAUGCUUAAUUAGUGGUUUUUUUUUUUUUGCUCUAUUGGCUUUUUAAAAGCCAAUGAACAAAACCUACGCAAGUGCCUUCACAGUACUGAGCAUCUUCCUUUCUAGAAGAGUCCAGUUUCUUUUUUAUAGCUGUGACUAGCAUGUUGUUGGUCUGUUCAAUUUUAAUAAUUGUCCUUAAUUUUAUAGUCCUUGGAAAAUGCUACUUCACUUGAGCAAGAUGAUGUAAUGGAAAAGGUGUUGGCUUUAGUGUCUAGAGGCCUGCAUUUGGGUUUUGGUGCUGUCAAUUAGUGUCUGAGUUUGGGCAAGACAUUUGGCUGCCCUAGAUGUAUUGCUUCAUCUAUUUAUUAAAAAAAAAAAAAGGGCUGCUGAUUCCUGCCCUGUCUGCCUCACAGGGCUGUUGUGAAAAUCCAGAGAGACGGAAUAUAUUAAAUAUGAUUUUACAAGGCAAAAAGCACUAGACUGUGUCAACAUUGAAAACUCCAAGUGCAUAAAUUUUAAAGUUACUUUUCAAAUGACUGAAAAAAGAGAUCAUAGGAAAUAAGUUUCCUGCCUUAACCAUAAUAUGAAUAUGCAGAUUGAAUGGCUAGAACAACCACAUAAAUGUUGGCAAUGCCAACGUUACUGAAUUGUUAUUACUUCCAAGGAUAUUUAAGCUUCUGUCUGCUAAGUGGUGCCUUCAGAGCUGCUGCUAUCUGCUGGCUAGGUUAGUUAGUUUGGGAACAGUACCUUAUACUCAAACCACAUCAGGAAAAUUAUCCAAAGAUCUGUAUCAUGCGAGGACUUGAACCUAGCAAAUUUUAGGGUGUCUUCCAAACCUGAGAGCCUAUGCUACACUAGAGGAUAUAAUUCAGAGUCGUUGCCACGUAAAUAGAUCCUGAUGGCGAGCGAAGACAAAUGCUUGUGGGGCCAGCUGCUAAAAGCUAUAUUGAAAUCUAGAGUUCAAAAUGGCCAACAAAGUUGUUACACCAGAAUUUAUUCAGUUUUGUUAUUCUGAUGCUCUGCUAACCAAGUAGUUGCUGUCAAGUCAAUUCUGACUCAUGGUGACCCCAUGUGUGUCAGACUAGAACUGCUGCAUAGGGUUUUCAAUGGCUAAUGUAAGUAGAUCUCCAGGUCUUUCUUUUGAAGUGCUUCUGGGCGGACUAGAACCGCCAACCUUUGGUUAGCAGCCAAGAGCAUUAACGAUAGUACCAUCCAGGGACCUUUAUACUCUGCCACAUACCUGGAAACAGACCAAUAGAUAAUUUUGUUUUUAUAAUGGGGAUUUGUAUA